AUGUCUCUUGUUCACGUUAUCGACGUGGAAAGUGGUAACCUACAGUCCUUAACAAAUGCCAUCGAGCACCUCGGAUUUAAGGUUCAAUUGGUGAAGAAAGCUGAUGACUUCGAUAUCGCAAAAGUGUCGAGAUUGAUAUUACCGGGAGUCGGUAACUUUGGUCAUUUUGGCGACAAUUUAUAUAUUCGUGGGUUCGAAAAACCGAUUAGAGACUAUAUCGCUUCUGGCAAACCUAUAAUGGGGAUAUGUGUUGGUUUGCAGACAUUUUUUGCGACCUCUGAGGAGAGUCCCAAAAGUUCAGGUCUAGGCUUGAUCCCAGGGAAACUACGUAAGUUUGACGAAAAAACUAAACCAGUGCCAGAAAUUGGUUGGAAUAGUUGUAUGCCAAGCGAUCAACUUUUUUAUGGUAUUGAUCCUUACAAGAGAUACUAUUUUGUCCAUUCCUAUGCGGCCAUUUUGGACCAGGACCUGGAAAGAGAAAUUCGUGAGGAUGGUUGGAAGAUUGCCAAGGCUAAAUAUGGUGAUGAGGAGUUCAUAGCGGCAUUCUUCAAGGAUAACGUAUUUGCUACUCAGUUUCAUCCAGAAAAAUCGAGUGCGGCAGGUUUGGGAAUUAUCCGUAACUUUUUGAACCAAGAGCAUCCUGUGACGUCGCACAGCGAACAGGAUAAACUGCUGAUGGGGAACGAUUAUUCAAACUUCGGAUUGACCAGAAGAAUUGUUGCAUGUCUUGACGUGCGCGCUAAUGAUCAGGGCGAUCUCGUGGUCACGAAAGGUGACCAAUAUGAUGUUCGUGAGAAGGAUGAGGGAAAUGAUGUUAGAAACCUGGGUAAGCCGGUCGAACUGGCUCAAAGAUACUACGCACAAGGUGCCGAUGAGAUCACUUUCUUGAACAUCACUUCUUUUAGAGAUUGCCCAUUGAAAGACACGCCAAUGCUUGAAGUGUUGAAGCGUGCUGCUAGAACCAUCUUCGUGCCACUGACUGUCGGCGGUGGUAUCAAAGAUAUCGUCGAUGCCGAUGGUACGAAAGUCCCUGCGCUGGAAGUAGCAAGCCUAUACUUCCAAUCUGGUGCCGAUAAGGUAUCAAUCGGGACUGACGCAGUAUUUGCUGCCGAAAAGUUCUACUCGUUGGGCGGAAAGGGAGAUGGCUCCUCACCUAUUGAAACCAUUUCCAAGGCUUAUGGUGCUCAGGCAGUCGUGAUAUCUGUCGAUCCAAAAAGGACAUAUGUCAGCAGUCCAAGCGAAACCCAUAAUAAGACUUUCAAAACCAAAUUUCCAAAUGCGAAGGGACAAGAAUGGUGCUGGUAUCAAUGCACCGUUAAAGGCGGUAGAGAAUGUAGAGACAUUGGUGUCUGGGAGCUAACUAAGGCCUGUGAGGCCCUAGGUGCUGGCGAAGUCCUAUUAAACUGCAUUGAUAAAGAUGGAUCGAACUCUGGCUAUGAUCUAGAAUUGAUUGAGCACGUUAAGAAUGCUGUCAGUAUACCAGUCAUCGCAUCAAGUGGUGCUGGAAAUCCUGAACAUUUUGAAGAGGCGUUCAAAAAUACGCAUGCGGAUGCCUGUCUUGGUGCCGGUAUGUUCCACAGGGGAGAAUACACUGUGAAUGACGUGAAGAAGCAUUUGCUGCACCGUGGCCUAAAAGUCAGAAUGGACUCUAUUUAA